AUGGGCAGCUUCGCCGAGUAUGUGGCACUGGAGGCCGACCACCUCGCGCUGAAGCCCAGCAACGUGACGUUCAAUGAGGCUGCUGGGGUGUCAAUUGCCGGCCUCGCCAGCUUCCAGGGACUUAUCAACCGCGCCAAGAUCGAGGCUGGACAGCGCGUGCUGGUGCUGGGCGGCGGCAGCGCCACCGGUCAGUUCGGCAUCCAGAUCGCCAAAGCCUUCGGCGCCGAGGUGAUCGCGACCGCCAGCCCCCGCAAUGCUGAGCUGGUCAAGUCCCUCGGCGCCGACCAGGUGAUCGACUACACCACUCAGAAGUGGGUCGAUGUCCUCACCGAGAACUCGAUCGAUGUCAUCUACGACUGCGCAGUAGAGUCGGAAUCCUGGUCCACCGACGCCCAGAAGACCCUCAAGAAGAGCACGGGCAAGUUCUUGACUAUCGGCAUGGUGGAGAACCAAGCCCAGUCGCCGAUCGGGGCCACGCUCAUCCAGUACUACUGCCACCCGAUCGCCGAGGACCUCGAGGGUCUCCGGAAGCUCAUUGCUGCCGGCCAGCUGAAGACUACCAUCGACUCGGUCUACCCCUUCGACAAGCUGCUCGACGCUAUCAAGCAUCAAAUGAGCGGCCGCGCCCAGGGCAAGAUCAUCAUUGAAAUUGCCAAGGAGUAA